CAGUGCUGUCAAGCUAAACAACUUUGCCAGUGGAUUUCAGUCAUAGUCUCAAACUGGUACUGUGAUUUCUCUUCAUUUUCUGUCCUGAGAAGGAAUUGAGAGGAGGAGGAAGGAAUGGCAGUUUCUCAGUGCUCAGUGACCUAUGAAGAUAUAACUGUGGUAUUCACUCAAGAGGAGUGGACACUAUUAAAUCCUUCAGAGAAGAAACUCUACAGAGAUGUGUUGUGGGAAAACCAUAGGAAUUUUCUCUCAAUAGGAAAAUUACUAGAGGAACAUUCCACCAAUAAGCAGCAGUAUAACCACCAAGGAAGUAAACAAAGAAAUAUCGUCAAUUAUCUUCAGCUACAUGAAAGAACUCACAAUGGAGAGAAAGCCUAUGAAUGCAGACAAUGUAGUAAAGCAUUCAGUUCAGCCAGUCAUCUUAUGGUACAUGAAAGAAGUCACAGUGGAGAGAAACCCUAUGAAUGGAAACAGUGUAGGAAAAUAUUCACUGGGGCCAGUGAUCUUAGGUUAUAUGAUAGAACUCACAGGAGAGAGAAACCCUAUGAAUGUAGACAAUGUGGUAAAGCAUUCAGUCAGGCCAGUCAUCUUCAGAGACAUGAAAGAACUCACAGUGGAGAGAAACCCUAUGAAUGUAAACAAUGUAGGAAAACAUUCAGUUGGCCCAGUCAUCUUGAGAGACAUGAAAGAACUCACAGUGGAGAGAAACCCUAUGAAUGUAAACAAUGUAGGAAAACAUUCAGUCAGUCCAGUGUACUUAGGGUACAUGAAAGAACUCACAGUGGAGAGAAACCCUAUGAAUGUAAACAAUGUAGUAAAGCAUUCAGUCAGGCCAGUCAUCUUCAGAGACAUGAAGGAACUCACAGUGGAGAGAAACCGUAUGAAUGUAAACAAUGUAGGAAAAAAUUCAGUACGGCCAGUCAUCUAAAGGUACAUGAAAGAAAUCACAGUGGAGAGAAACCCUAUGAAUGUAAACAAUGUAGUAAAGCAUUCAGUUUGGCCAGUUAUCUUAGGAUACAUGAAAGAAUUCACAGUGGAGAGAAACCCUAUGAAUGUAAACAAUGUAGUAAAGCAUUCAGUUUGUCCAGUAAUCUUAGGGUACAUGAAAGAAAUCACAGUGGAGAGAAACCCUAUGAAUGUAAACAAUGUAGUAAAGCAUUCAUUCGGGCCAGUUAUCUUAGGAUACAUGAAAGAAUUCACAGUGGAGAGAAACCCUAUGAAUGCAAACAAUGUAGUAGAACAUUUAAUUAUUCUAAUUCUCUUCGGUUACAUGAAAGAACUCACAGUGGAGAGAAACCCUAUGCAUGUAAACAAUGUAGGAAAACAUUCAGUAGGGCCAGUAAUCUUAAGGUACAUGAAAGAAAUCACAGUGGAGAGAAACCCUAUGAAUGUAAACAAUGUUGUAAAGCAUUCAGUAGGGCCAGUUAUCUUAGGAUACAUGAAAGAAUUCACAGUGGAGAGAAACCCUAUGAAUGUAAACAAUGUAGUAAAGCAUUCAGUUUGGCCAGUUAUCUUAGGGUACAUGAAAGAACUCACAGUGGAGAGAAACCCUAUGAAUGUAGACAAUGUAGUAAAGUAUUCACCUGGGCCCAUAAUCUUCAGAGACAUGAAAGAACUCACACUCACAAUGGAGAGAAAGCCUAUGAAUGUAAACAAUGUAGUAAAGCAUUCAGUUCAGCCAGUCAUCUUAUGGUACAUGAAAGAAGUCACAGUGGAGAGAAACCCUAUGAAUGGAAACAGUGUAGGAAAACAUUCAGUUGGGCCAGUGAUCUUAGGGUACAUGAAAGAACUCACAGUGGAGAGAAACCCUAUGAAUGUAGACAAUGUAGUAAAGCAUUCAGUCCCGCCUGUCAUCUUCAGAGACAUGAAGGACCUCAUAGUGGAGAGAAACCCUAUGAAUGUAAACAAUGUAGGAAAACAUUCAGUCGGGCCAGUGAGCUUCAAAGACAUGAAAGAAGUCACAGUGGAGAGAAACCCUAUCAAUGUAAACAAUGUAGUAAAGCAUUCAGCCAGUCCAAUAAUCUUAGGGCACAUGAAAGUACUCACAGUGGCGAGAAGCCCUAUAAAUGUAAACAAUGUAAUAAAGCAUUCAGUUUGGCCCGUUAUCUUAGGGUACAUGAAAGAACUCACAGUGGAGAGAAACCCUAUGAAUGUAAACAAUGUAGUAAAGCAUUCAGUUUGGCCAGUUAUCUUAGGGUACAUGAAAAAACUCACAGUGGAGAGAAACCCUAUGCAUGUAGGCAAUGUAGUAAAUCAUUCAGCAAGUCCAGUAAUCUUCAGAGACAUGAAAGAACUCACAGUGGAGAGAAACCCUAUGAAUGUAGGCAAUGUAGUAAACCAUUCAACAAGUCCAGUAAUCGUAGGGUACAUGAAAGAACUCACAGUAGAGAGAAACCCUAUGAAUGUAAACAAUGUAGUAAAGCUUUCAGUUUGGCCAGUUAUCUUAGGGUACAUGAAAGAACUCACAGUGGAGAGAAACCCUAUGCAUGUAGGCAAUGUAGUAAAUCAUUCAGCAAGUCCAGUAAUCUUCAGAGACAUGAAAGAAGUCACAGUGGAGAGAAACCCUAUGAAUGUAGGCAAUGUAGUAAACCAUUCAACAAGUCCAGUAAUCUUAGGGUACAUGAAAGAACUCACAGUGGAAAGAAACCCUAUGAAUGUAAGCAAUGUAGUAAAGCAUUCAGUUUGGCCAGUUAUCUUAGGGUACAUGAAAGAACUCAUAGUGGAGAGAAACCCUAUGAAUGUAAACAAUGUAGUAAAGCAUUCAGUUUGUCCAGUUAUCUUAGGGUACAUGAAAAAACUCACAGUGGAAAGAAACCCUAUGAAUGUAGACAGUGUACUAAAGCAUUUGCCUCGGCCGGUAAUCUUCAGAGACAUGAAAGAACUCACAAUGGAGAGAAACCCUAUGAAUGUAGACAAUGUACUAAAGCAUUUGCCUGGGCCGGUAAUCUUCAGAGACAUGAAAGAACUCACAGUGGGAGAAACCCUAUGAAUAAACCUUACAUUUGUGAAGAAUGUGGAAAAGUCUUUACUCAGUCCUCAAGCCUCAUGCAACAUCAUAGAAUUCAUACUGGGGAGAAACCUUACACUUGUGAAGAAUGUGGAAAAGCCUUUACUCAGUCCUCAAACCUCAUGCAACAUCAAAGAAUUCAUACAAGGGAGAAACUUUACACUUGUGAAGAAUGUGGAAAAGCCUUUACUCAGUCCUCAAACCUCAUGCAACAUCAAAGAAUUCAUACUGGGGAGAAACCUUACACUUGUGAAGAAUGUGGAAAAGCCUUUACUCAGUCCUCAAGCCUCAUGCAACAUCAAAGAAUUCAUACUGGGGAGAAACCUUACACCUGUGAAGAAUGUGGAAAAGCCUUUACUCAGUCCUCAAGCCUCAUGCAACAUCAAAGAAUUCAUACUGGGGAGAAACCUUACACCUGUGAAGAAUGUGGAAAAGCCUUUACUCGGUCCUCAAACCUCAUGGAACAUCAAAGAAUUCAUACUGGGGAGAAGCCUUACACUUGUGAAGAAUGUGGAAAAGCCUUUACUCAGUCCUCAAGCCUCAUGGAACAUCAUAGAAUUCAUACUGGGGAGAAACCUUACACUUGUGAAGAAUGUGGAAAAGCCUUUACUCAGUCCUCAAGCCUCAUGCAACAUCAAAGAAUUCAUACUGGGGAGAAACCUUACACAUGUGAAGAAUGUGGAAAAGCCUUUACUCAGUCCUCAAGCCUCAUGGAACAUCAUAGAAUUCAUACUGGGGAGAAACUUUACACUUGUGAAGAAUGUGGAAAAGCCUUUACUCAGUCCUCAAGCCUCAUGCAACAUCAAAGAAUUCAUACUGGGGAGAAACCUUACACCUGUGAAGAAUGUGGAAAAGCCUUUACUCGGUCCUCAAACCUCAUGGAACAUCAUAGAAUUCAUACUGGGGAGAAACCUUACACAUGUGAAGAAUGUGGAAAAGCCUUUACUCGGUCCUCAAACCUCAUGGCACAUCAUAGAAUUCAUAGUGGGGAGAAACCUUACACAUGUGAAGAAUGUGGAAAAGCCUUUACUCAUUCCUCAAACCUCAUGAAACAUCAUAGAAUUCAUACUGGGGAGAAACCUUACACUUGUGAAGAAUGUGGAAAAGCCUUUACUCAGUCCUCAAGUCUUGUGGAACAUCAUAGAAUUCAUACUGGGGAGAAACCUUACACUUGUGAAGAAUGUGGAAAAGCCUUUACUCAGUCCUCAAGCCUCAUACAACAUCAUAGAAUUCAUACUGGGGAGAAACCUUACACCUGUGAAGAAUGUGGAAAAGCCUUUACUCGGUCCUCAAACCUCAUGGAACAUCAUAGAAUUCAUACUGCAGAGAACCCUUACACCUGUGAUGACUGUGGAAAAGCCUUUUUUUGGCCCUCAAGCAUCAUGGAACAUCAUAGAAUCCAUACUGGGGAGAAACCUUACACCUGUGAAGAAUGUGGAAAAGCCUUUACUCAGUCCUCAAGCCUCAUGGAACAUCAUAGAAUUCAUACUGUGUAGAAACCUUACACUUGUGAAGAAUGUGGAAAAGCCUUUACUCAGUCCUCAAACCUCAUGGAACAUCAUAGAAUUCAUACUGGGGAGAAACCUUACACUUGUGAAGAAUGUGGAAAAGCCUUUACUCAGUCCACAAGCCUCAGGAAACAUUAUAGAAUUCAUACUGAGAAGAAACCUUACACAUGUGAAGAAUGUGGAAAAGCCUUCAGUUAUUGCUUAAACCUAACACAACACGAGAAAAUCCAUACUAGUGGAGAGAAACCCUAUGAAUGUAAACAAUGUACUAAAGCAUUCAGUCGGGCCAGUCAUCUUAGGGUACAUGAAAGAAGUCACAGUGGAGAGAAACCCUAUGAAUGUAAACAAUGUACUAAAGCAUUCAGUCAGGCCAGUCAUCUUAGGGUACAUGAAAGAAUUCACAGUGGAGAGAAACCCUAUGAAUGUAAACAAUGUAAUAAAGCAUUCAGUCUGGCUGGUAAUCUUCAGAGACAUGAAGGAAUUCACAGGGGAGAGAAACCCUAUGAAUGUAAACAAUGUAGUAAAACAUUCAGUCAAUACAGUCAUCUUCAGAUACAUGAAAGAAGUCACAGUGGAGAGAAGCCCUAUGUAUGUAAACAAUGUAGUAAAGCAUUCAGUUCGGCCAGUCGUCUUCAGAGACAUGAACGAACUCACACUGGAGAGAAACCCUAUGACUGUAAACAAUGUAAUAAAGCAUUUAGUCGGGCUAGUCAUCUUAGGGUACAUGAAAGAAUUCACAGUGUAGAGAAACCCUAUGAAUGUAAACUAUGUAAUAAAGCAUUCAAUCAGGCCAAUAAUCUUAGGGUACAUGAAAGAACUCACAGUGGAGAGAAAUCCUAUGAAUGUAAACCAUAGGAAAGACAGAAUAAAAUCAAUGGAGCCAGCACCACCUCACCAUGAUUCCCUUCAGUCUGUGUUACACAAGCUACUGCACUAAAUUUGGUCCCCAGUUCAAAUUGAUGGGGAUUACAAUAUAUGGUUAUGUAUCAGCAGAGUUCAGAAUUUAAAUCACAGGGAAACAAGUCUUCAACUCUGUAGCAGAACUGAAGUGACCUGAGGACAUGCAGAUGGGUAGAAUAAGCCCAGUUCAUUGUAGUUGUUGCUUAUUUCACUGAUCAGCCAGAUGAAAGAUGACUACCGUAUGACCCCACUCAAGAGUAAUCCAUAUAAGUGAGGGUCCAGAACGUGCCGAAAAGAAAGAUUAAAAAAAAAGAAGAAAAUCAGAAACAAAUGGACUGUUUCUAUUACAUUAUAAGAACUGUAAGAACUGUAAUGGUUAUCUUUGAGAAACUGGGGACAUAAAACUUUGAUAUUGGCUGUGGUGUGGAACCAUACUCUGGAUCUUUACUAUCUGGCAUUCCAAAU